ACAACAGGCUAGCUUCAGAGAUAUCACUUUUGCCAAACUUGCAUGCUGAAGCUAGCUAGAUAAAAUUGACCUCCAUUGUGAACUCGGAUCAAAGGUCUUGACUCAGGCUUAGUUAACAAGCUGAUAAGGACCGUAGCUAAAGUCAUGUUUAUGAACAAGUCCGCCUGGUUUUCAAGCAGUGUGCCUCAGACACGUCAGAACAUUUGGAUUUUGGAAGGUGGGAUCAUUGCUAAUUGGAGAAAAGCGGAUUACCUUUUCAGUGAAGAUGCCACAUGUCCUGAUACUCAGAGGAUAUUUGAGAGCAAGGAUUGCCUCUGGAACAAGGUGGUGGUUUUUCACAGCUUGUUUCUGUCCGUCUGUGAGAUGCGCCAGAGUGUGAAGUCAGUGUGCGUCGGUCAUUAUGUGCUGCCUCCAGCCUCGGUGCAGGAAGAGGUGAGAGGAGUGGUAGGGCGAUUGAUCUGGGAGAGUGAAGUCGAGCAGCCAGUAGCCCAGUUUGUUAAACAGCGCUCCCAUAAGAGAGGUAGCUGCAAGAGUGAAGAUGAGUACAGUGAAGACAGCAGGAACUGUUCUGAACCAUCCGACACAGACUCAUCUGAAAGUGAAGUAUGUGGCCAUGAUCAAGAUAGAAACAAGCUAACAGGGUACAUCAGCAUGGACAAUCUGCAGAAAUAUUCAGGUGAUCUGCAUGAUUUUCAUCCCGGAUGUUUCCGAUGCUCCAACUGUAAAACUCGUAGCUGCUUGCAGCACGUGUGAGCAAACAUGCACCGAGAGAGAGAGAGAGAGAGCUUCUUCAAAAUGGACCAGGUUUCAGUUUUGCUGUCCAUGUGGCAAGCUUCGUGUCGUUUGUUUAUAAGUUUUGCAUUCCUGAGCUGAAUCUGCAUAUUUGAUGCAAAUCAAUUCAAUGACAUAAUACAUUUGUGAAACAUUCAUUUCAUUGUGUCAAGUUAUUGUUCUACCUAUCCAUCAUUGUACUGUAACUAAAUAUUACUUCAGCCCUAUUUAAGGAGCUCUAUGUAACUCUGACACCUAGUGUUUGACAUUAGUACUCAAAACAUUAGAGAGAGCUGUCCCCCCCCCCCCCCCCCCCCAGCCCCCGCCCCUUUUCCCCUUCAGUCAAUAUCGGAAGCUUCACUUUAUACAGCUCUGCAUCGGUCUUAAAACUUUCUGCGUUCUAACCUCUCCAUUUUACAAAACUUCUCCAAUAUUUAUCCUAGUUUUACCACAUUUCUGGUCAUGGAGCUUUCUAGACGAUGCAGAGUCUUUUUAGGUUGUGUACAAUCAGUUAUCUGAUCCAGUUUGCUUGCCUGCUUUCAUCACUGCAACACCUGUUGGUUUGCCGUUUGCCUGGCUCACAGAGGGACGUCCAUGUGGGGGCGCCUUAA